UCCAACAACCAUUGAACAUUUUCUCCCGAGUUGCUUGACUUUCAGCUGAUGCUGUAAAGUGUCAUUGACGGAAGAUUUCAGGAAUAAUGAAAACGAUAGUCAUACUCCUGUUCGCAGUGGUUGCAACCACGACAUUAGAACUACCUAGCAAUUUCAAGCUUUGCAAGAGGUCAGACCCGAAAGUAUUAGAAUGCAUCGCGGAUGCCGCCAGAGAUGCAGUUGUCUUAAUGGCCAAAGGUCUAAAGAACUUCAAAAUCUUACCUCUUGAACCGCUGGCGGUCAGCAGCGUGAAAAUCGGUGAAUCUCGAGGCUCAGUGUCGCUUAAACAGGAAUAUCGAAAUGUCAAGCUGCAUGGACUAACGAAGGAUUUGCAAGUCUACAAUUAUCAGAUAGACUGGGAUAAUUUAAUACUCAGGUGAGAGUUUAAUCCUCAAGUAGAUUUCGUUGCCGAUUACAAACUUGAAGGCAAGAUUCUACUAUUGCCAAUGCGAGGAGAGGGUAGAUGCAAUAUAACUAUGUAUAAUAUGACAACAAAACACGAAACAUAUUUCGAGAAGUUUCAAAAGGAUGGAGAAACUUAUAUGAAAGCGGUUAAAUAUCAUGUCAAGUUCAUUCCCAAACAUAUAUCAAUGCGCUUUGAUAAUCUCUUCAAUGGAAAUACAUUCUUAGGUGAAGAAAUGAAUAAAUUCAUCAACAUGAAUUCUGAUUUGCUCUUCAAGGAACUUCAAGCUUCUUAUGAAGAAACUUUUGGUUUGGUGUUUACUAAAAUUACUAAUGAUAUUUUUACCCGUGUGCCAAUGAAUAAGAUUUUUAUGUAG